GGAUCAAGUCCCUCCAGAUAAGACAUCAUCAUUCCGCGGUUAUAAAGUAGCUAGGUGUUAUAUUGAUCAGACAGUAAUUGGUUUUGAAGUUCAUGGAUUAUCAGCCUCUGUAGAAGACUGAACUCUGGAAGAUCAGGCCACUAGAUGGGCUGCAGCACAAUGACCGCAGUUUUGCUGACUGUCAGCGUUUUCCUGCUGCUGCAACACCAGGUGGGAGUUCUGGCCAAUGGGGCGGCUGCGUCAGAGUUAAUGACGUCAUCAUCCAAUGACCUUGUCACCGCAAACAGAGGUCAAACGGGCAGACGGCGCGCCUCACUUCCGGUCAUCCUGUCACAGGCGCGCCCAAACAGCAAGGGCGGCCAACUGAUAAGGGCGCGUCUCACACCUCUGGAGCCCCUCAUUAGCGACCUGCUGAUCGAUGACGUCGACGAUAUGAUGGAGAUCGGCAAACGACAGUCGGACGACUACGGACACAUGCGAUUCGGCAAACGCGGCGAGGCUGACGAUAAAUUCGACGAUUACGGUCAUAUGCGAUUCGGUAGAGAUCAUGUAUGAAACCAGUAGCCAAAUGUCGCUAGGUGUAGAGAAUUACGGUAAUUUUUGUCAUUUGUUGAGCAAAUAAAAAGUUUGUUUUUCACAAGAAA